UGUUCUAAAUGAGGAAAGAAGUCUGCCAAAUCGCGCAUUCUCACUGACCUGCCUAAUUUGCAUUCAUUGUCCCUGUAUUCGCUGAGAGAAAUCUACGUUUGAACUAACUAGGUUGCAUUGUAUAACGAUGGGGGGGAAUCGGGGACGAAAGGAGAUGAAGAAGCCCGCAAAGGGCAGCGGUCUUAACCCGUGCUUACAGCCUGAUGGGUCUCAGCUCGGCAUUCCCAAUGAAUUCACUGAAGACCCUAGCGGAGCCUCUCAGCCCAUUAUGCUGGCACUUCAUGAAGAGCCGCUUGAUGAGACAUAUGCAACCUCAUCGUCGACAGCUGCUCGCAUGGCAUACAACUAUACGCUUCCCUCAUCGUUGGUGGCCGACGGCACAUCAUACGACUAUCCACUUCCUUCAUCAUUGAUGGCUCACCCGACGUCAUACUCAACAGCCUUCGCCCAUAUGACAGCGCCAUGGGCACACAACUUUGAUGCACGCCUCUCAGAAACCCCGAUGUCACAUCACCCAGCUGGUGACGCCCUCCCAUUCUGUGGGGCACCGGACUUGGCUACGACAAUACAGCCGAUGUGUCUUCCGACACCAUCGAUUUUGCAAUACCCCCAGGAGUUGUCCCCUUACCCUAUUGUUUCAAGUGGCAUCCGGCAUGUCUUUGCAUAUGGCCCACGACGUCCCUCUGAAACAGAGCGCGGUUCAUUUGUCAACAUCGGCGUCAUCAAAGCAGGAGCCAAUCACACGAUCACGUCCCGGCGCCAAACUCGUCGCACGCUUCCACCAACUUCUACACUACUACCACCACCAACUCCCGAGGCUCCAACGAACGAAACCGACGAAACCCCAAUUCAGAAUAUAACGCAACUCCCACCAGAUCAACUAAGCAAGGUAAUUCAGGAAGCAAAAAACGGCAUGCGCCGCCGACUCAUUUGUACAAACAUUUUCCCCACCCAAGUCGAAGCAAACUCGUUCGCAGAGGAUGCAAUCACUGACGCGCUUAGAACUCUAAUAACAGAUCCCCACUGGGUCCUUGACAGAGCCAAAGAUGGCAAAGCGAUCUCUCAGGUUCUCCAAAUACCUAAUAGCAUCCGAACACUCUUCAAGAACGUUGCGCGUGCGCAGGUCCUAAUCGGCUAUGGUAUCAAUGUGUGCGACGAUGACCUCUUGCUUGACCAAACACAAAUCCGAGAAUCUGUCCGUGGUCGCAUCCAACACCUACUUCGAGAUUAUAACUUCUUAUACACGGAGUCGUUGGACGUCGACGAUGCGGCUACUAUCGAUGGUCUCGUUGCACUAGCCGGUGCUGCCCUGAGCAGCGCAUUGCACGAGUACUGUGAGGGGGUAGUUUGUGUCGUCGAAUCCUCAAAUCUCCUUGCCGGUGAACGUUACAGGGAAAUUAUUCAAAUCAUUCGUGGUAUGUCGACUGAUGAAGAACUCUGUGCUCAGUGCAAAAAAUAUUGUCGAAAUCUAUCUAAUCAAGGCUCCAGCCCAAAUUGCGAGAUCUGAAA